AUGGAAAAGCUCGACCACGCUCAGCCAGAGUCCGACUUGUCGUCCCUGCAGUGCUGCUGCGGCAGCGCAGACUGCGUCCACCUCAAGAAGAACUGCUCCAUUCUCGAAGCUGUUGAGAAGGAUGUGCAUACAGCUGCCCAGUUAGGCAAGGCCCUACUUGCCAGGCACGAAGCCUACAUGGCCGACGCAGAACGGGACCGGCAGCGACUCAACUCCCGCAUAGAUCGCCUGCAGCUGGACAAGCAGGAGCUGGAAGCUGACAAUGCCGCCAAGGUCGAGGAGAACAACGAGCUCAUCGAGCAGCUCGAGAUACUCAACACGACAAUCUUUGACUCCGACGCAAAGAUCAAAAGCUUGGAAGCGAGCCUCUUGUCGUCGCAGCAGGCCAUUCGCCGCCUCGAGAGCGCUGCAGCCCGUGCCGCCGAGGCUGAUCAGCACCUCAAGAUUCUCGAGGAAGAGCAAGACAAGCUCACUGGAGAGCUGCGAGCUUCUAAGGAGGAAGCCCGCUCUCAUGCGCAGCGAUUUAAAGAAGCACAGCGGGGGAUCCUCGACAUGCAGGAUCAGCUAGAGCGUAUGGAGAAAGAGGCCCUCCUUGAGCGACAGCGUCACGACGAGAUGAUGGAAAAGGUCGAGCGCCAGCGCGAGGUGGAGAAGCAUCUCGAUGCCGCUGCAGUGCGGCUCAAGGGCGCCGCGGCUUCAAAAUCAAUCACCGAACACCGACAGGGGAGCAAAAUCGUCGGCCACUUUGUGCGGGACCUGUUACAGGAUAAUGCAAAUCUGCAGCUGGGCAUUGCCGAGCUUAGAGAAAUGCUCAUUAGCUCCAAUGACGAGAUACAGUCGUUGAGGGAGCAGCUCAUGUUUCACCAGCCUCUGGCCGACGGCCCCAGCCCUGCCUCGACUCUCAAGUCAGAACUCGAGCCCUCCUUGUUUGAAAGUUCGAGGCCAUCGCAAGAGUUUCACAUUCACCACCACUACCAUGUUGCCAAACAAGAUGCCCGGAAGCCCAAGAAGAAGCGCCAGGGCUUGCUGCCCGGCAUUUUCACGCCUUCAGCCGCAAUCUCCAGCAGAUCGUCAUCUCCGGGCCCUGGGACUCCGCGACGCCUGGUAUCAUCUCCCACGCGCCCGGUUCUCUCCCACACCAGCGGCGAAAUAACACCCAUAACCGCCAGCUCUUCGGCCUGGCAAUAUUCCACCCCGUCCGAAAUGUCUUCCUCUCUUCCAACCUCCCCCCGCAUUUUCGACCAUAGUGGGACUGAGACAGAAUCCCUCAUGUCGCCCACUACAAGCUAUGAUCCCAUGUCUCCUACAUGGCGCGCUUCACAUAGAAAGCGCCCUUCUGCAGCUUCUUCCUGCAGCUUCCAGUCUCUGUCAAUCAUUGACAUUGAGCCCGGCACCGCCGGGGUCCAAACACAAAACCCUUACAGAUUUAGCAGCGGCAUCAUCCACGAGGAGGACGAAGAUGCACAGACCAGUGCACCUGCCACUGCGACAGACCAAGAUGCUCCCAAAGACGAACCAGAGGCGGAAGAGGAUGAUGCAAACGAAUCUACAAAUGUCGCCGCCACCGCCAUAUCAAUACCCGCGCUAAGCUCAGGGCUACGCCGUGUAGCAUCUCAUGAAUCAAUCAUGUCACUAUCGGGCGGUCUCGAUAUCCACACGCUUCAGAUUCGACCAAGCCAAAUGACUCUCCGCCCGCUCGGCGGAGCUGAUGCUGUCGUCACCGGUGUCUUUGCCCAGCCGACAAUGUCGACCAAAUACUCGAAGCGUAGCGAUGCCGCCUUGCGCGAUAACUUUGCCGGCUUUCAGAUGCCCAAGAGAAGCUCUACCCCGACGUCGGACAUGUCGGCUUCGUCCUCGCAAACAUCCCGGAACGGUGCUGGUGGCCUUGGCAAAUGGGUUGGAUGGCGACCAUGGGGAGGACCAGGAAACGACAGCCAAAGCUUGCCCAAGGGGGCAGAGAAAGCUCCGCCCAGAGUAACGAAUAGGGCCCCUGGUAUUAACCAACCCGGUGCAAUUCCUGGUUUCCAGGAGUACUGGAUAUCACAACAGCGGAAAGGGGCUACAUCCAGAGUAACGGCUGAGACCAUUAACCACAGCUCCUUGUCCGAAAGCUUGCGAGAU